UAAGGAUAAUAUUAAAAAAAAUCAAUUUUUAUGUUUUUAUCGCGUUAUAGUGCCUCCUUUCAAGAUCAUAUAUAAUAUUUUCGUGCAUAUCGUUUCAGAUAACUCGAUAUUCUUUUCCAGCUAUAAUCACAAUUAUAGCGUUCAUAAUUCACGGAAAUUUGACAAUUAUUACGGAAUUCGAUAAAACCCCACUUAUAUUUCUGGAUAUAGAGUAUUAUAAUUAUUCUAGGACCUAAGAUUGAUUAAUAUUCGCUAAAAAAGAAAGAACCCUUUCCUCUCUAUAUUGAAACACCAUGAGCGAAUUAGAGCAAUUGAGACAGGAAGCUGAAGCACUCAAAAAUCAAAUUCGCGACGCUAGGAAGGCCGCAUGCGAUACAACCUUAUCACAAGCCGCUAGUGGAGUGGAACCGGUGGGAAGGAUUCAAAUGAGGACGCGGAGGACAUUACGGGGUCAUCUGGCCAAAAUAUACGCCAUGCAUUGGGGAACCGAUUCUAGGUAUCUGGUUUCCGCCUCUCAAGACGGUAAACUCAUAGUUUGGGACGCCUACACCACAAAUAAAGUCCACGCAAUUCCUCUACGUUCUUCUUGGGUUAUGACUUGUGCAUACGCUCCUUCAGGCAAUUUUGUUGCCUGUGGAGGACUGGACAAUAUUUGUUCUAUUUACAGUCUCAAAACGAGGGAAGGUAACGUUAGAGUGAGUAGGGAACUGCCUGGACACACUGGUUAUCUAUCUUGUUGCAGAUUUUUGGAUGAUAACCAGAUAGUGACUAGCUCUGGUGACAUGACUUGUGCAUUAUGGGACAUAGAGACUGGACAACAAUGUACGGCCUUCCUAGGUCACACGGGCGAUGUUAUGAGUCUUAGCUUAGCUCCCGACAUGAGGACUUUUGUAUCUGGAGCUUGUGAUGCAUCUGCCAAGUUAUGGGACAUAAGAGACGGUAUGUGCAAACAAACAUUCACUGGCCAUGAAUCAGAUAUUAACGCUGUUAUAUUUUUUCCGAGCGGUCAAGCCUUUGCCACUGGUUCCGAUGACGCUACUUGCCGCUUAUUUGAUCUGCGAGCCGAUCAAGAGGUGGCUUUAUACUCGCACGAUAACAUUAUUUGCGGUAUAACUUCCGUCGCUUUCAGUAAAAGUGGGCGAUUACUCAUGGCCGGGUACGACGAUUUCAAUUGUAACGUAUGGGAUACGCUUCGACAGGAAAGGGCUGGAGUGUUAGCCGGUCACGAUAAUAGGGUCAGUUGUUUGGGCGUCUCGGAUGAUGGAAUGGCUGUAGCCACUGGUUCUUGGGAUAGCUUCCUCAAAAUAUGGAAUUAAAUUUAAGCACAACGUUUACGUACAAAUUUUAUAAUUUUUCAAAACUUUAUAUCGAGCAGAAUGUCAAAAUAACAUGUAUUUAAGAUUUUUUAUUAUGAAUUCUUUAAACGUAUGGCAAUUUAAUUAAACUUAUUUAAAUUAUUUGACACUAUUACUGAAUCAUAAUAAUUCACACAUGGCUAAGUGCUUAAAAAUAUUAUGUUCUGAUUUUGAUAAAAGUUACUUUAUUAUAUAGAAUAUUAUUUCACUAUCUUAAGUUGGUAGAUUUUAUAUUUUUUUUAAACCAAAUAUUUGUUAAUUAGUUUUAAUACAGAAAUCCCUUACUAUUUAUCUUUUAAUUUGACAUAGUUAUAUAGCCCAACAAAAAAAAAUUAAUCUAACUUACAAAAUCAUGUUGAUGUGUGUUGUUUAUAGGCAUUUAUCCUAUUAUUUAAAAAAAAAGUGAUCCAGCAUAUUUAUACUUUCAAAAUAAAUAAAUUAAAUUCCAUCUUUGGCCAAAUUAUUGUUCCUUUUAAAAAUUUUGUCAUCCUUUAUAUUUAUUUCUUCUUCCUCUGUGCAAAAAAAAAGCUGCUAAAAAAAUUUGUCCACCUAGAAAUCAUUUUUGAUCCUUAAGUGCAAAUGCCUUGUAUUUUUUUUCGUUAUAAAAUUUAACUGAAUCACGCAAUGUUAGAUAGAUUGUAGAUGUUUUGUAUAAAAUAUUUUUUUUAAAAAAUCACCUUUAAUUUUCCUUUAAAAAAAUUUAUUAUAUAUAAUUUAUAUGUCUCUUUUUCCCAUAGAAAAGAAGAAAAAAAUCUUAUAUAGAAUUAUUUUUGAAGGUUCAGAGGAUUAACAGUUUCAGAUUUAUAAUUUAAAAACACAACCCUUUUUUUAAUGUGUCUUAUUUUCUUUCAAAUCUUCUCCAUAACGAAUUACGUGAUUAUUUUAUUCUAAUUAACAAAUCAAAUGUCGUAAUAUAUAUUUAUACAAUAUAUAUAUGAAUGUACCAUCAAAAAUUAUAUUUUGCUUGAAUCACCAAAUUUUAUUAUCUUAAUUUUAAACUAUUUUUUUUAUUUGUAACUGUUCUGCUUUUUUUUAAAAAAAUUAAAAAUUUACCAAACAA